UUGAGCUGUGAUCCUCUGGGUUUAGAUUCACCAGCACCAACCCAAAGAAAACACGAGUGCUUUAAAACAAAUGAAGUGUUUGCACAGUUUUAAUUUCACAGUUGUUUGAGGACACGAGGAAAAACUAAUAUUGACAAUCAUGAGAUAGUGAAGCGUGUUUAUGACUUGUAUCCACAUGACCCCGCGCUGACCUGCAGGGAACUAACUAACUCCCCCAAACUAACUCGGUCAGCAGCACGGAACCGGCUCGGUGAGUGUUCAGAGAUGACGAGGAGACCUGAAGCGAUCCGACGCGACGCGACGCGUCAUCAGCGCGUGGAGAAGUGCCACCUCAUGAUCGUGAGUCAGACAGGUGAGCGUCAGGGAGACGCACGCGAUCAUGGGGCGCUACAGCGGGAAGACGUGCCGCCUGAUCCUGAUGCUGGUCAUCACCGUCAUCUUCUUCGUGGCGGAGAUCGUGGCGGGGUACAUGGGCAACUCCAUCGCGCUGGUGUCGGACUCCUUCAACAUGCUGUCGGACAUCCUGUCGCUGUGCGUCGGGCUGACGGCGGCGCGCGUGUCGCGGCGCGCGGGCUCGGGGCGCUUCACGUACGGAAUGGGUCGCGCGGAGGUGGUGGGCGCGCUGGCCAACGCCGUGUUCCUCGCCGCGCUCUGCUUCUCCGUGUCCAUGGAGUCACUGAAGAGACUCGCCCUGCCGCAGGCCAUCGAUGACCCGCCGCUCGUGCUGAUCGUGGGCUCGCUGGGGCUCGCGGUGAACGUGCUCGGGCUCGUCAUCUUCCAGGACUGCAGCUGCUGCGUGCGCGCGACGCGACGGAACGACGCUCCUGUGUCGCGCGAGGCGGAGGAGGACGCAGACCUGCAGCAGAAGAAGACCAGGAGCGACGGACCUCCUCUGAACAUACGGGGUGUGUGUCAUGUCUCUCUCUCUCUCUCCGCAGGUGUGCUGCUGCACGUGUUGAAUGAUGCGCUGGGUUCAGUGGUGGUGGUGGUGGCCUCGGCUCUGUUCUGCGUGUGGCCCCUGGCCCCUGAGAGCCCGUGUAACUGGCAGUGUUACGUGGACCCCAGUCUGACGCUGGUCAUGGUGGUCAUCAUCAUGUCGUCCGCUGCUCCUCUGGUCAAAGAGACGACUGGGAUCCUGCUGCAGAUGAGUCCUCCUGACCUGCCGCUCACCGCCGUCUUGGACAGUGUGUGCAGUCUCCCCGGUGUGGUCAGCGUUCACCAGGCUCAUGUCUGGGAGAUAGCUAAAGGACGGAGCGUGGCCUCGCUGCACGUCAGAGUGUCGUCUGACCGGGAUCCAGCUCUUCAGACACAGAUCCAGCAGCUGUUCCACGGCGCAGGCGUCCACAGCGUCACGGUUCAGCUGGAGCGAGCCGACGGAGAGAUGUCAGAUACAGAAGCAAACAUCAGCUGAACACAGCGAGAGCUUUCUCCAGCCGUGAUGAUGACAGAACAGACAUCUCCUCACACCCGUCCAGACUCCAGCUGAUGAUUCCUGUGUUAGUGUGAGACGUGACUCUGCUGCUUUCAUUAAUCAGCAGAUUAUUUAUUGCUCCGAAUGAGAGACACGUCCAGCUCAUACUUCAGCCCAAACAACACAUGAUCGAGCCAGUGUCAUGAGUGUGAAGAAGAGAAACACAAUGAUAGUAUUUGCUGUAGUGCCUCUACUGCUUAUGCUGAUAUAUGUAAUAAAUCAUCUUUAUUAC